GAAGUUCAGUUUGCAGGUUUCAGGUCAACUUGAAACAUAGCAUUAGGUGUAGUUAGGCGGCAUAAGCUCAGUCUUCACAGUUUUGCCCUCCGCUUAAUGCCAUCGUCACUGCUUCAGGCUGUGCUCUCUUAAGUUGAUGAACUCUUAAGGCAGCUUACAGAAGUUUUAAUCCAGAAAGUAUUGUCGCCUAUGUAAAACUGCAUUGACCUGCCGGUCUACAUGGGAGCUGUGUCACCGUCUGGUCGUCAAGAAACCAGGGUGCUGCUCCGGCUGACUACGCCUGUCGAAUGUCUCAUUCCGAUGGAUCUGGCUCUCCAGAGCAAGACGGCGAUGGAGGCCAUCCAGAACCUGCACAAGCUUCUCCUCGAGACCAAGCGCUCCUUUCUGGACGUUCGCUCCACGGAGUCCAUCAUGAGGGUACUCAAAGCCAAGAUGAGAACGGUCCGUCCCGUGGAAAAACUUGGCAAGCUAUGGGAUCAGGAGCCAAAAGAUCUGACCGAAAACGACCUCGAAGGCCUGAGCAAUUCGUUAGUUCUGAUGAGGAACCUGCUGCACGUGCCCGACAAGACCGAGUCGUCGCGCUUCGGCAUCACCGAGGACACCUUCGAGGACUGGCUGAGCGUCCACAACAAGCUCAUUUGGAACCUCUUCGUGCACGGUCUUGACGGUGUGCUGAUCCUCAUGCUGAACAGCGUCUACAAGGUGAAUUGGGCCGUUAUCGUGGUCCAAAUCAUAGCGCUUCUGUACAAGGACCAGGACGUGGGAAACUUGCAGCACUUGAUCUCGACCUCGACAUCGAACUCGGAGAGCUCUGAGGAUGACAUCGAGAGUAACACGUCGAAGCACUCGGUGCACCACGCCAGCAGCAACGAAUCGAUUCAGCCGGGGCAGCAGUGUGGCGGGUCCGGCGCCGCCAAGAACAACCGGAUCGCCUGCAGCGGCGGCACCGGUGGCGCUGGCGUGGCCACCGGCGGUGGCCUGACCAACCCCGCCGGCGGGUCGCAGUCCACAGCGGGAGAUUCCGGCUACUGCCACUCGGACUUCACCAGUUCCUCCAACAACAGCCGGUCGUUCUCAUCCCGCGACAAAGGAGAACUGAGCCGGGACGUAUCGUCUUCCAGCGGCCGCGCCAGCGCUGACAACAUGACGUCGUCCUCCAACGGCCACUCAUCGUCGUCUGACGAUGAAAACCAGGUGAAGGAGCACAUCAAGGAUCCGCACCACAAAGCGUCAGCCAAGCAUAGGGCCAUGCACUCUGCCGACAGUCCCUCUGGCAGCGACUCAUCGUACGAGGACGAGCUGCUGGCUCGCUCCAAACAGCGCAAUUUGGUCGCCAUGUCGCGAAAGAGCAAAAGCCAGCUGAGAGGCGGGAAGUGCACGUCAUCUGUUUGCCUAGAGGCCGCCGUGGCGUCGCUCGAGUCCCGUUGCGCGCUCCGCGAUCCCGUGUGGGACCGCAAGAAGACUCUGGUGCUUCUGGACGCGUCAGCACACGUCCCGUCCAACGCUGAUAUCAGCAACAUGCUUCAGAACUUCACAAUCAGCUUUCUGCACAGCGGAUAUGGACCUCUGGUGACUGAACUUAUGAGGGUGAACCACGAGCAGGGCUCGAGCCUGAUCGACCGCUGCCACUUUCUGUGGGUGGUGGGAUACUUCACGGGGCUGGCCACCGCGCUGGGCCUGUCCCUGCACCACGUGCGGCCUGUGCUCUCGAUCGAGGUGGUCGGUCUGCUCGUCUUCGAGGCCAUCGCCGUCUGCCAAGAGCUGGACAUGCCGCAGCACCAGUCGGCCGAGGGAUCCAAGCUGCUCAAAAAGAGGUACCACCUUGUGGUUCGCGCUUUCCGCGAGUUCAUCGCCGCCAUCGGAACGUACAAUAGCCGCUUCAAGGGCGUCGGUGACGACAUGCGUCGGCUCUGCGUGUCUCUGGCCCGUCUGGAAGACCUUCGCAAUAUUCCGCUACUGCUGAUCCGCAAGUGGAACGCCAUGCCCAGCCAGAUACUUGUGGACCUUAUCAUCACCAACCAUCUCUUACUUCUAAUUCUGGAGUAUGCCCAAAAGACAGAGGGCGGCCUGGACAUCGACAUACUCGGACAUCUGUCGCAGUUUGCAACAGUCGAGGUGAUGGAAAGAUACGGUGUGGUGUUGAAAGAUUACCGAAAAAACAGCGUACUCGUCAACGACUGCGUCUUCACGAUGAUGCAUCACGUUGCUGGAGACCUAAAGCGUCCGGAAGCACUCUUCCAUCCGAGUAUUCUAUCUUCUUUCGUCAACAUCUUGAAUGAAGGAGCCGAAAUUCCCGAGCUGUACGAAGACCUGGUGGGCUACGUGAUGAAUCGGUACCUAAAGCUCGCCGGACGUAACCCAGAGCUGUACUCGGAGAACAUACCUGGCAUGCAGCGCAGCGGUUCGGCAUCCAGCACCCAGCCGCUGGUAGUGCCGCCAUUCUACGACGACGACAGCAGCGACAGCAGCGACUGUAGCGACGAGGGCGACGACAACGCGCUCUACUGGUGCUUCCUCCAGUUCGAGUACGACAGCGACCCCGUCGGCCAGAUCGUCGAGCACCUGCGCCGGAACGACGUGCGCCGCACCCGCAGAGAGAUACUGGACCAGCUGAAGUACAAGCGUGUCAUCUCGAAUUCUCAAUGUGAAAAUUUGGAACAAAAAGAAAAACAGUUUCUAGAAAAUUCUUCGAAGCCUAAGGAACAGCCGGAAUCUCAAAACAUCGAGAGCGAGGAGCGGUCAGAGAUCACAGACUUGGUACUAAAGCUCAAAGGCAGUGGAUUCGAACAGCAGCUCCAGUGGAUUCAGAAGAAGUUCUUAGAAGUAUGCUACGUCAAGUUAAAAAACCGACCCUUGGAUGAUGCCGAGCCCGUGGCACUGCACUACACGCUGCUGGGCCAGAGUGUACCCAUCGUCGCCUUCAGCGAGGUGCAGUCGAGCGCGCUCAAGAACACUGACUUCCAACAGCUGCUGCACAAGCUUGGCCUCGACUGGCCGGGACCUGCAAACUGCCCCUGCAUCCCUGCCUCGUGGGCCGCCGACAAGCUGUAUACCACGGCGCGCAAGCUAGGACCACUCGCAUGCCGGAAGCUGGCCAGGCUCUGCCAGGAAGGUGCGGACUCGAACAGCGCCUCGUUGGCGGCUCCUCCUCGAGCCCGAGCCGAUGCUGCCGCCACCUCGUAGGCGUAUCUUUCAACCGGUCUGCUGUUCCAAGCUGCAAUAUACCAUUACGGGGCUUUCGUCGCUCUCUGGUGCCAGAUCUUGAGGAUCGCGCACACCCUAUACACCAGGACCCGGUUAUGGCGUAACACCGGAUAUAGCGAACAAACCCAAGGCGCCCGUUUUGAGGGCGUUCUUACGCUUUCAACCGAAAAAAAAAAAUCGCGGUAUAUAGCAGCGUUGCCUUUGCCAGCGCGGUGCCUUUGCACUUAAGAAACGCACACCCACCCCCAAGCAGGCGCUAGGCUGCGAUCGAAGCUUCUUCCGCAAUACCGACGGUUCACGUCUUGUGACAACGGUUUUGUGAGCAACUUUAACCUUGGCUGCCAUCUCAAUGCUAUAUUGCUACCGGUGUGGACGCUUCCGAUCCUCGUCAAUGCACGCAGCUGAUUGAUACACGGUUGUAUACAGGCUUGAAUAAUUGGCGACAUGAUAAAUCGCUCAAUAUUGAAGCGAUCCUGGUCUCGAUUUAACUCGCAGUUGAGAAAAAUAUAUUGAUACAAUACUAAUUCCGAUUGAUUCACCAUAACGGGGCCUGCUGUAUGCCGGAGAAGCUGACCCGCAGGCACGAACGUGCGUCCAUUGGUGUCUUACUACCGCUUUGCAUUUACCAUGACAAAACGAAGACGUGCUAAAAAAAAAAGGGGGAGGGAGAGGGAAAGAGAGAGAGAGAGGAUAAAAUCUUGAGAUAGAAAGAUGGCACAUACAGCAUACAGUGAGUGCGCCUGUACGACGUACGGCUUGGGCACACGACUGUCACAUCGGUGUUAUUCAUGCGUGUCAGGGGACUGCUGUGGCAAGGUCCAAGCCCCCCACAACAAUUACACCAAGAUCUCGCAUUGGAAGAAGACGUAAUGCAACAAACGUACUGAAGGAAUCCUGCAACUGAAGUUAUUGCUUUGUUCUCAAUUCCUUUAUCAGGCCAUCCGGUGUGUCUCCAUAAAGAUCUACUACUCUGUGUCUUCCCGCUGAAGUGAUCCUAGAAAUUAAAAACUCGUCUCUUAAAGAGGUGGUAAGGGAUGCUGCCAAUACAUUUCAGGAAGACAGUGCUGGACUUCUGUCUUGCAGCACGGAGACACCUCCCAGAAGUACAAAGGCUGCCGGUCGUGCGCGGAGGACCGCAUUACAUACACUGAUUCCACAAAACCAUAACAUUUAUCACCCAUGUUGUACUCGAGAAGGCAAGUCUGAGUCACACCAAGUGUGCGCGCCGAUCGACGGCACUGUGACCCUUGGCGGUUUCGUCACCUUGGACAGGUCAAUAAAUGCUCUAUAGCUUUUAACACCGCAUAAUAUAUACAAGGGGCUUAAUGAUUAAGUUUAACAUCCCGAAACGGCACAGUGGGUUAUGAGGAACGCAACGCUGUAUAGUGGGAGGAGGGCUCCGAGUUAAUUCUCAGCACCAUACACUCCUUAACGCGCACCCGUAGCAUGGUACACCACCAUGUUCACAUUCA